AUGUCAUACUCACAUAUAUAUAUGCCACAUGCCGAUAAAGGCUAUUCUCACCACCUUGAUCUACUAAGUGGAUCACAAAUGAAUUACUCUCCGGAUCACAUGAUGACACCUGAAGAUGAUAAAAGAUAUGAGUACUUAAAAUGUGCUCCAUUUAUGAAAUAUCAACCAGCUGAAGAGGAACCAUUAUAUGUAAAUGCAAAACAAUACGCAAGAAUUAUGAAACGAAGACAAGCAAGAGCAAAAACAGAAUCUGAUAAACCACCUAAAGUUAGAAAGCCAUACCAACAUGAAAGUAGACAUCAACACGCAAUGAGAAGACAAAGAGGUAACGGUGGUAGAUUCUUGACUGCCAAAGAGAAAGAGAAUUUGUUGAACGAAGAGAAGUUGAAAGCAGAACAACAAGGUGGAUCUCCAAAAGGAGAUGCAUCACCACCAUCUUCCAACACCACUUCACCACCUCUCAUUGACAAUAUAACCAAUAAUAAAAACAAAUCAAAUAAUAGUAACAAGAAUAACAAUAAUCAAACAACACUUGGACAGCAUCCGUCACCAUACCCAACAGCACCGCACUACAGUCUUCAACAUCAACAACAACCACACCCAAACACUUUUUCAACACAAACAUUACAUCCUCAACAACAACAACAGAAUUUAGAUGAACUAUAUCUUGUUAAUACAUCAUCACCACCAUCCUCGCCAAAUCCAGCCUAUGAAGCCAACGGACUCAACAGCAGCAACGAUCACCAACCACAAUUUACUUAUCACGCCAACAAUAACUACCAUCUUUACCAGAAUGGAGUAUUGAACAAAUAA